CUCUGCCCCCCCGGGCCACCAAGCCUGCGCCCUCCACCAUGAACAACAAUGGCUCCCCCCCCCCAGAGCCCCCCCUGGCCGACGCCGAGUGGUACUGGGGUGACAUCACCAGGGACCAGGUGAACGAGAUGCUCCGCGACAGCCCCGAUGGGUCCUUCAUGGUCCGGGACGCCUCGACAAAGAUUCAAGGAGAAUUCACGCUAACCUUGAGGAAGGACGGCCACAACAAGCUGAUAAAGAUCCACCACCGCGAUGGGAAGUACGGUUUUUCCGACCCGCUGACCUUUGGCUCGGUGGUGGAGCUCAUCUGGCACUACCAGAACCACCCGCUGGUGGAGUACAACGCCAUGCUGGACCUGACGCUCACGCACGCUGUCUCGCGCCUCCAGCAGGACCAGCUAGCGAAGGAGGACAGCGUUGACGUAGCCGGAAGGAAACUCAAGGAGUAUCACUGCCAGUACCAAGAGAAAUCUAAAGAGUUUGACCGUCUCUAUGAAGCGUUCACCAAGACGUCACAGGAGAUCCAGAUGAAGAGAACAGCGAUCGAGGCCUUCAACGAGACCAUGAUGAUCUUCCAGGAGCAGUGCCGCGAACAGGAGCGUUACGGCGAGGAGUUUGAACGCAACAGCCAGUUGGAAGGAGACGAGAAGGACCUGGAGAGCUUCCUGAUCAACUACGAGAAGCUCAAGCACCGAUUGGUGGAGAUCUACGACAGCAAGGUGCACCUGGAGGACGACCUGAGGACGCAGGUGGAAGACUACCGGGAGACCGACAGGAGGAUCAACGGCCUGAGGCCAGACCUCAUCCAGCUCCGCAACAUCAGAGACCAAUAUCUCAAUUGGUUGAAUCACAAAGGAGUCCGCCAGAAAAGGAUUAAUAACUGGUUGGGGAUACAGAGCAACAGCCUUGACGAUACGUACGUGUUGAAAGGGGACGGGGGGUCCCUGCCUCACCAGGACGAGACCAGCUGGUUUGUUGGCGAGAUGAGCAGAACGCAGGCAGAGGAGAUGCUCCAAGGCAAGGCUUCCGGAACAUUCCUGAUCCGCGAGAGCAGCAAACAGGGAUGCUACGCGUGCUCCGUUGUUGUGAACGAGGAGGUGAAGCACUGCAUGAUCUACAGUACACCCCAUGGCUACGGCUUCGCCGAGCCCUACGACGUCCACUGCUCGCUCAGGGACGUCGUGCUGCACUACCGCCUCAACUCGCUCGCACAACACAACGACGCCCUGGAUGUUCGGCUGACGCACCCGGUGCACGCCUCCUCGCCCUCGCUGCCCGCGCCGACCACCGUGACCAUGGCGGUGGACGAUCACGCCAACACAGAGGAGUCACACGAACUCUUACAGACUCCCAAACACACGCUGGCCCUGCCGCUGGCCGCGCCCGAGAUGUAGCGACCCGGCGGCGGGGGGGAGGAGGACCACGGUGAUGAUUAUACUAAAGAACAUGUUUACUGUAUCCCGGGGAGACGAGGUGCAUUGUUCGCUGAGAGGAAGGACCUGAGAUUUGCACUAGAGCGAUGACAGCGGGACGGGUGAUUGGCUGUUCACAGAUUGAAGUGGGACGGGUGAUUGGCUGUUCACAGAUUGAAGUGGGACCGGAACUUGAAUGUCAGUUUUAAAAACGUUUUUGGUUUUUCCGUUUUCUUUUUUUCUAACCUGUUUAUUUUCCUUUCUUUUUUUUUUUUAUAAUGUUUUUUUUCGUUUUGUACUUCAUAUAUUAGUGUUCGGACAUCUUUGAGAUUGGGUUGUUAAGGAUGAGUUGCUAGACCUUCUGAUGGCUUCAAAUUAUUACAAAACAGAUGUGGUGAAGAUACCUUGCCCUUUUUGAAUUGGGUGGAAUAAGAACAGUGUGCAAUUGACAUAUUAAGUUGCUACUUUGUGGGUUUGUUAUAGUUUUAAAAUGGUGCUGUAUUAAGGGGGAUUAUUGUCACAUAGGUCAAUUGGACCAAAUUGUUUUGGGGUAAAAGCCACACGUGAAUAUAUAAUUAUGGUGCAUCUUGAAUUUUCUUUCAUUUGAAUUUUCUUUUUUCGAACGAUGGAUAGUUAUGUAGCAUUAAUAUCCUGUACUAUACCAUUGUAAAAGCAUCUACUCAAUGUUAUAUCCAUUGACCAAAGCACUUAUUAGUGACCAACCUACAUCCCUGUUAAAGAGUGACAUUAGUUUAGGGAGGGUUCGUGGGAGUACACGCGCUGAUGUGCUGAACAAAUCAUAAUCUGAAGUACUGUAUGUUAUAUUCUGUUACUCAAAGAAGUAUAAGCUUUUUGUAUUCUAUAUCUAUAUUUUCUAUACACGCCACAGAAGAUAAAAAGCUUGACUAAAGUGCAAUCCAACAGUAUUUCUAUUGUUGCAGUGUAAUGAUGACGAUGAUGAUGGUGAAGGUAAAGCUGUUCAUGAGAGGCUAGCAUUUGCCACAAAAAAAUGCACUCUCUCUUUCGGUGGCAAUCGGUGUGAUUUGACCUCCUGGUGGCUUGUGUAAUUGGACAGAGGUGCGGACGCGACCCCGCCUCCAUUACUUGAACUGUGGCAUUGCAAGGAUCGAUGAAUGUGUUUUCAUGACGUGCAGCCCACAUAGCUUAAGGGGAACAGAAUCCAUGUUGAACUGGGGACAUUUUUGGAGGACAAAAGCUCGCCUGUGAGAAGAAACUGUUAGACUUGUUUUUUUGGGAAGCUCGUCUCUCGAUGGAGGCUGUAGCCUCACGGUGAAGAAAGAAGAAAAGAAAACUAAUCUCUCGACUGGAGCAUUGAGAAGUCCUCGUGGGGAGAAGCCAGGCGAUAUGUGUUUCUGACCCUUUUCUCGCUGAAGACAAUAAACUGACAGGGGUUUUGUCAACUUAA